AUGCCUUUUGAGCUAAUCCGGCGCAUGGGGAUUAGGACUCAAAAUGAUCUUUGUGUAGUCGCUCCCUCGACCCUCGAAGAGCUCGAGGAUAAUGUCGACUCUACCCUGGCCAGAGCUGUUUUAGAUUGCCGUAAGUUCGAGGAUACUAAACCGGACAAUCCCACCGGAGCUGUACAGCGUCUGAACGAGAACGGAUUUGCUAGUAUUCAGAAUGCAUCAAUAGAUGAUAUCGGUUCUUUUACGCUGCGGGGAUUCAACAUUGCGCAUCUGAUAGUGUUAGGAGAGAUCACAACAUACAGCUUACUUGACCUAAGAAAAUCGUGUCCAGAUUCACUCCGACUCCUGCUUGAGACGAGGUCCUCGAAUUCUCUUCAGCUCCUGCCCAUUGAGUUGGCGGCACUGACUGAUAGACAUUCUGCUGAGCCCAUGGUGAUUUCAGCAAACUUCUACAUAGAUGAAUUCGCUACAAGCUUGUUUAGUCAAACAUUGCAGGCCCACUGCGUACUUAGCAUAAUGAAUGUUGUGGACGUUACAAGGCUCCUCCAGUUAGCUAUUAUUCGUGGUAACACAUUUAUUAUUAAGUAUAUUCUCUCAGUCUAUUCACAGUUUGGAGGAGGGGUUAGCUUUCGCGACCUUAUCAUAACGAAUGAUAUGCACACACUCUCUGCGGUCAACUUUGAUAGUCUUUCAUACCUAAUGUCCUCCAAAUUAACGACUGGCGAGGACACGGAGACACCUCUUUGCUAUGCUUAUGACACCUGCGGCAUGCUUCCUAUACAUGCUGCCGCCCUCAAUGGUCGCCUUUCCUGUGUCCUCUGGCUGCUGCAGUAUGACAAGGGGAUGAUUGACGUACUCACAAAAGACACGAACAUCAAUCUUUUAAGCUGUGCUAUUUCGUCUAACUCUAUUGACUGUGUAUCGGCCAUAGUCCAUUUAAUUAAGGAGAUCGGUGGAGAAACUGCACUCCGCAAGCAGCUGCAGCACAGGUUUGGAAACCUGCAGACGAAUGCCCUCGCCCUUGCCAUACUCUAUAGUAACAGAGACAUAGUGUCCCUUUUGAUAAAGCAUUCUAUAGCCGACGACCUGUUGGUAACAAUGCUUCCCCUAAAAAUAGAUGAUGAGCCACAUAUGCAGUUACCUCUGCUACAUGCCUUUGCAAGGGGAUGUAGCGUAAUUGAGCUUUUAUUUUACACAGAACAGUAUCACAACAUUUACAAUUUCAUAAUAUCUAGGUCAAUCGCAGAAAAGAAAAUGCUCUUUCGGGCAGCGGAGAAGUUCUGCAAAGCGAAAAUUUGCGGCUCUAUGCAGAUGGUUUACACAGCAUCUGAUAAGAGGUCAGCUCGGAGGUUCAUGCAGCAGGGGUGUUGUAUGAAUUCUGAUCUGUCUUGCGUGUGUCCAAAUUCCCUUGCUUGCAAGAUACUCACUAAUACCUGUUCAACGUAUGGCAUAGUCCUGGACUGCCUAUCUAGAUAUACAGGUAUAUUGCUGUAUGCCGCAUCGCUUCUUGGAUUGGGAAUCAGCAUUCUGAUCGAGUUAUUUUUAGAUCAAUCUACUCAGCUGCCGAUACAGACACAUACUUCAAAACGGGUGCAGAAUUACAUGCUUUUCUUACUACCAUCUCUACGCACCUUGCUUGAGCACAGGCUCUAUAAUUUUACCUUGCAAAUAGGCUCUUUAGUAUCUGUUGUCUUCUCAGCAUUGUUCUUUAUUACUACCUAUGCUUUGCGGUUGGACCGCACGGCAUCAAUAUCGCUAGCGAAGAACGAUUUCAUGCAAAGUUCAAGGUUCUCCGAUGACAUGUGGAAUAGCCGGAGGAUGAUAGAAGAGCACACUGAUGCAGGUACAAGUACAGGUACAGGCACAGGCACAGGCACACACACUCCGGACACUUCUGCAUCCUGUUCGGCUAUCAUGAGCGCCGAACCCGUCUAUAGGAUCUGUGAUGUUCUGGUGUCGAGGUCGCUCACCCGAUCUGCCAACUGCCUCUAUACAGUAGAACCUCGGCCACCUUUUGACCUCUCCAGCGACAAGGAAAAUAGACAGCAUUUAGCCGGAGUUUUGGUUUCCGUGAAACCUGAUAGUGCAUUACCAGAGGCUAGCCAUCUGUGCUCAACCUGUUUGAAACCUGAGCAGGGGACGUAUUGCUACUUUUGCUCUGUCUGUGUAUGCCGUCGUAUUUUCCACUCUCACAUUUUCAACUUCUGUAUAUCGCAACGCAACGUGUGUGCCUAUGCCAUAAGCAUGGGCCUGUUCUAUUCAGCAUGGGUGUUGUUCCUUUUUCGGUCUCCCUUCCACAUGUCUAAGAUCAUAAUGUCUCUCUUGGUCUUUCUUUUCUCCUACCUGGUGCUUCUAGACGUGCGCGAGUGA